AUGACUGAAAACAUUUACCAAGGAGAAGAUUUCGAAGAAAAAGUCAAAAGACAAGUUGAAUUCUAUUUUUCAGAUAGUAAUUUACAAACUGAUAGAUUUUUAUGGAAAAUCUAUGAAUCAAAUGAUGGUUGGGUUGAAUUAAAAACCAUCUUAACUUUUGGUAGAAUGAGACAAUAUAGACCAGAAGAAAAAGUUAUUGAAGCUUUAAAAUCUAGUGACAAAUUAAAAUUAUCCGCCAAUAACGAAAUGGUCAGCAGAAAUGAUCCAGUUAAAGACUUCAACGAAUUGAAGAAUCAAAGAAAGAGAAAUACUGUUCAUAUUGAAGGAUUUCCAAAAGAUUUAACUCAAGAAGAUUUAGAAGAAUUUUUCAACAAGAAAAUUUCUCCUUCCUUACCUGAAAGUAAAGAAAUUGGUUCUAUACGUAGAAUCAGAAACAGAAAAACCAAAGAAUUUUUCGGAGUUGUUGAUGUUGAAUUCAAAUCAUCCGCUGAUUCAGAAUAUUUCUUAAACGAAUUGGAAGUCUCAUAUCCAAUCGGUUUAAUUAAUGAUGAAAACAGAGAAUCUGUCGACAAAAAGGAUAUCUUAAAUAAGAUGUCACUCUUAACUUUCCAAGAAAUGAAAGAAAAUGGUAAGAGAUUUGGAGUUAACGAAGUCACCAAGAGAAAGAACAGUUUCAACAGUAAGAAUGAUGUUAAAGUUUUCCGUAAAAAUCAAAAGAAAAAUGAUGAAUCAAAGAAGGAAUCAGGAUCAGAAGAAAUCAAAGAAGAAUCUGAAGCUCAAGAAGACAAAACAGAAGAACCUUCUGAAGACAAAGAAUAA